AUGUUUUUACGCCUAGGAGUGGUGAUCUCCAGUUCGGAGCUCGCGAAAGAGGUACUAAAGAUCCAGGAUGCAAAUUUUGCAUCGAGGCCAUACUUGAUCAUGGGGGAGUACAACUUCUACAACUUCCGAGACAUUGGUUUUGUUCCGUAUGGCGACUACUGGAAAAGAAUGAGGAAGCUUUGCGCUACAGAGCUCUUUACUGUCAAGCGCAUUGAAUCGUUUCAAGGGGUGCGAACGAGAGAAAUGCGUGGCGUCUUGCCUGAGCUUCGAGGCAAGGAUUUCAAGCACAUUGUGUUUGAGAUCACGGAGCGGAUGCUUCAAUUCCACAUCAGUGAGUUCGUACUGGCGUUCAUGAGACGGAUUGACUGGAAGAUCCCAGAGAUGAUGAGGAUACAUGCGAGACAAGACAAGUUCUUUAAGAGAAUUAUAGACGAUCACAAGGCUAGGCUCGAGUCCAAGACCUCGCAGACCAUGCUGCAAAGCUUGAAAAGCGAAGGAGCCCGAGGAGAGGAUUCGGUCAAAGCUAUUGUCAACAAAGCCCAGGAAGAGAUUGACACUGUCGUCGGAAAGGAACGCCUUGUUGCUGAGAGAAACUGGAGUACCUUGGGCAAUCGUCAAGGUCCAGCUCCGCUGCUGAUUCACAUGUCAACCGAAGCGUGCAAGGUUGCUGGCUAUGACAUUCCCAAAGAAACUCCCACAUUUGUCAAUUGUUAUACAAUUGGAAGAGAUCCAGCAGUAUGGAUGCAUUGCGAUUCAAGCCGGAAAGGUUCCUUGGGAACUUGA